GUGCCUGCCAAGUAACGUGAUGGCGCAGUUAGAUUGUAAUGCCAACACUGUAGCCGUACACUGGGAACCCAUUUCAAACAACCCUGACUCCUAUACAGCCCUGGCCAUCGGUACAGAUGGCACUCGGGUUUCUUGUAACACAAGCUCUACUUCCUGUACCAUUGAGAACUUGAGAUGUGGCCAUACCUAUAGCAUUGCUGUGACAACAUCCCAAACUAACUGUGGAAUCAUUGAGGGUUCAGACUACCAUAUCGAGACAGCCCCCUGCCAACCACAGAGCCCAUCUGUUCAACUGCAGUGCAGCACUAAUAUUGCUACGGUCACAUGGGACAAUAACGGAGCGGAUCAGUUUGACAGGGUGACUGCGCUCAACUUUACCGGUGAUGCGAUAGUGUGCAACAGCAGAAAUAGAUCUUGUGAAUUCACACAGCUACGCUGUGGAGAGUCGUACACACUCAGUGUGGUUGGAUUCAAUGGAAACUGCACCAGUGUUCCCAGCGAGAACUUCGGUUUUGACACAGCUCCCUGUGUGCCCACUUAUGUUGUGGCAACAACAGACUGCGAGACGGCCAUCACCACUGUAAGCUGGGAUUCUGCACGUGGUGCCAGCAGUUAUACUGUUCAUGCCGUGAACACCCGGGGAAACAACAGCACAUGUACCAGCACAGAUACCACAUGCUCUUUCUCAGACCUGGACUGUGGACAAAACUACACCCUUACAGUCACAGCUGAGGACAGCAGCUGUGUGAGCCUGACCAGCGCACCCAUCACGGUCACAACAGUUCCAUGUCCACACUCCAAUCUUCAAGCAACUCUGGACUGCAGUGCUGACUCUGCUCUGAUCUCCUGGAUGCCCGGUAGAGGCACUCUGAUGUAUAACGCUUCUGCAGAGGGCUUUGAUGUAGAUCACACAGCUGACUGUCAUACAUCUGGCUCCGCCUGCAAUAUUACCAACCUGCACUGCGGCAGCCGUUACCAAGUUAGUGUGAGCGGAGAAGGGCUAACCUGCCCCAGUCAAUCAUAUAACUGGAUUGCCCUCAAGUCAGGUAACAACCUCAUAAGCCACUAG